AUGGGGCGUUGCCGUUGCUUCCCGGUUGCGUUGAGAAAGCUAAUCGGCUUGGAACCGGAAGACGACGACGACGACAACGUCGUCGAAAGGCCGGAAGAGCUGAUCAAUCACUACGUGAGGCUUAUGACGGCCACAGCCAACAUUACAAGCGGUCUUGGGACGCUGGCGUUGCUGUGGUCCACCGUCGUCCUCCUCGGAGGCUUCGUCGCCGUUCUGGGGAUGAAGGACUUUUGGACUCUCACCCUACUCAGCUUCCUACUGGCGUGCAGGGUGGUUGACAAUUAUGACAAGGAGUUUAAGAGAGGGAUUUAUACGGAAGAGGCCAAAAUCAUGAAUUUUAGGAAAUGGAUCGAUGAGGCCCUGGCCAUGUGUCAAAGAAUCAUGCUGGGUAUGGCGUUAUUACCCAAGUACAUUUUGUUGUGCUGCCUUGCGCUACUGUCCUUCAAUGUUGCGCCGUUUGUGAGCCUGGGGAUCUCAGUGCGGCGUCUUGUACGACGAGAUUAUGGCGACGCCGGAGGAGAUGUUGCCAACAGAGCAAAACUGAAUGCCGCACUUGACAUCUUCUAUGCUCUAGUUCUGUUGCAGAGUCUAUUCGUCCUGUACUGGGUUACCCUUGAAUCUGCAUCUGGGGACGAUGACCACCGAUGGGGAGCAAGGAUACUAGACAAGCUGAUCUCUGGCAAGGAUAAAUCUGUAAGGCAGGAGCUGCUAUCUUCCAGGCUCUCUAUUCAGAAUCUGAUGGGCAUGAUUGGUCGUCGGAGAGGCGCAGCUGAUGGUGACAUGGAGAACAGAGAGCGCACCACAACCAUUGUUGCACACCUUGCCAGUGACCUCCAUAUAACAAGCUUCCCGGGUACAUUGCAGUGCAUUUGUUCCCUACUUGAAAGCACUAGCAGCUGUGACUGUGAACCAAAGUUGCAUGCCUGUCCGUCGGGAAAUCCUGAUGAACAGGCGACACUGCCUACCGAUGAAAAUGAUCAUCAGCAUGGGUCACUGGAAACAUCCGAGCAUCAAGACGAUGGUACCCACAUGGACAUGGUAGCGCCCACCAUCACAGACCAAACUGACGAGGAACGACAAGCAGUCGUCGUCAGUUCAUCAUCUUCCGGGUUAGCCGCCAAGAGGAAAACAAAACAGAUUAAGAAAGACCUUGAGGAUAUUCCCAUCAUCAGGGUCCUGCAACUAGGCAAGGAGCUGAAGAAAUAUUCUGAAUCCAAGUACCGCCGCUCCUAUAAAUCUAGAGGAGCCAAAGAGCUGAUUUCUCAGGGCCUCCUGAUUCUUGAGAGGCUCACACAGGACCAAGGGAACUGUACAGAGAUAAGUAAGGACCAAAGGCUCCUAUCUAAGAUCACGUCACCACUGAUGAGAAGCGCAAGCCAUGGCGACUUCCUCACCAAGCUGAGCGACAACACAACGGUUGAAAUGCUAAGCAAGUCACUCACAGUGCUGAGCAGGCUACUUACCGGUCCUGGAGAUGACGUAACAAGGCUGCACCAGAAGCUGGCGAGUAACACAGAAGCUGUCAGCAAUCUGAUGGGUAUCUUGGAGAAUGACAGUGAAGGUGCCCAGAAACUGCAUGAACAAGCCCUGGAGAUCCUGACAGAGUUAGCAUUCGAUGAUUCUUUCAAAGAACUGGAUUUUAACAAGCUUUUCAAGGCCCUGCUACGUAUCUUCCUCGAGAAAGAGACCAACAAUAUUACAAAGCAAGAGCCCAACAAUAAUGCUACAUCUCAAGUGGAACAAGCGGACACAGAGAGAGCACCCAAACUGAGGGGAAAUGCAGGGGAAGCACUGGCCAGACUGCUUCCUGUUCGCGCUGCAAGAGGUAUAAUUUCCAAGCAAGAGGCGAUCGACUUAUUGAACAAGGUUCUCCAUAAAAUACUAUCUAGUAAAAUGGGAACAACUGCAGAUGCGGUAGAGAUUGUCGUAGAAAACCAGCCCCAAGAAGAUGCAGACACUGACAGUGUACAGCCUCCCAUUCAGGAAAAUGAAAAGCAAUCUGAAGAAAGAAAAUUUAUGGCAGCCAUGUUAUCCCUCGCCGUGGUGAUAUGCAACGAAAAUAUGAUCAGUAAAGAAGAUUUUGCUUGUGCCACCGCCACCCCACGAGAUGGAGCAGUGGCAAAGAAGCUCAAGGAAAUAUUACAAGUAAACAAACAGAGCACGGCUCAGUGUUUGAGGAUAGUGAAGCUUACCUGCCAGGUGGUUAUAGUCAUGAUUGAAGUGAAACCCAGCUGCAUCGCACAUUUCAAUGAACACAAUUUCAAGGGAACACUGGCCGAGGCAUUGGAAACCAUGUCGGAGGUUGAUGACUGCAUGCUCUUUGCUGGGAAUGAAUGUGAGGUGAUCAAGCCUGCGAGGUCUCUUACUUCUCUUGUGAAGGAAGCACAUGAACUCCUGAAGACAGCACAAGAACAGGGUAACUGUGAAUGGGGGGAGGAAUUACGCAAGCAUGACUGCGAGCAGUUUCCUGGACAAACAAAGCAGAGAUAUGUUCAACUUCACAUGAAGAGUGAGCACACGAAAUCAACCAACUAUAAUCCUGUUACCCUGCAUGGUUACAAAUACCCAUUCUACGAGGACUAUUAUGACCACGAAGACGCAAUAAUUACGCUAGACAGGAUCUGGUGCUCUAAUGAAGGCCCAUUAGGCACAAGUGAUGGCCAACAGCUGAAGGAGGCAUGCCUUUCGUUUUCCUUGUUUCGGCUGUUGUGGCGCCGUUUCUUUGGGCUUGCUUGUCCAGAGGCCAAACCCAAGAUUAAGAAAACUUGUCACCUUGUUUUCAAAGGAUUGCUACGUGCAGAGGAAAACUAUGAAGCUGCAUAUAGGGUGAUUGAGGCAGAGCUGGCUUUUGCACAUGAUCACUUCUUCACCAGCUGCGCUUCAUUCUACUGA